AUGAUGUUAGCAAGCGACGACGGUGAUUAUUUGAGUCAUUGUGAUAUGUUGAUGAGUAGACACGAUGUUUAUGUGAUGCGUGAUGCUUAUGAUGAUAUAUGUAGUAUGGUUGGAAGAAACGACGCUGCAAAUGCUGCUUCUUCGGAGGUUGUUGCUCAGGCCAUGCAGAAUCAGCCUAAUGCUGGAAUGAUUGAUGAGUCGCGUAGCUUGAGUAUGUUCCAGCGGGAGAACACGCCUACCUUCAAGGGCAAGUACGAUCCCGGUGGAACGCAAGAGUGGCUUAAGGAGAUCGAAAGGAUCUUCAAGGGAGUUCAUGAGGAAGUAUUUUCCCGAAGAUGUCCAGGGAAAGAAAGAGAUGGAGUUCCUUGCGCUGAAACAAGGGAAUUCGUCACUGAGUAUGCUGCUAAGUUUGUAAAGCCCGUGAAGUUCUAUCCACACUAUAGCAAGGAAACAUCUGAGUUUUCAAAGUGUAUCGAGUUUGAGAAUGGGUCACGUUCGGAGAUUAAACGAGCGAUUGAAUAUCAGCAGAUCCUUAGGUUCGCAGAAUUGGUGAACAGUUGUCGAAUUUAUGAGGAGGACAUCAUUGGUCAUUUGGAUUAUUACAAGAGUCUGAACGAGAAGAGGGCGGAACCGCAUCAUGAUCGUAAGAAGCCUUAUGAUGCUCCUACUGACAAAGGGAAGCAGAAAGUUGCUGAUGGGAAGAAGCCGAGUGGGGAAGGAGCUCCCGCUAUUUUCAAAUGUUACAGGUGUGGUGAACAAGGUGCUAAGGUGUUAUAA